AUGGCAACUAUCGACAAUGAGUUGCCUGAGAAGCUGAGCCAUAAUAAUCCUUUCUUCUUACAUUCAAUUGAUAACUCAGGUGUAUUACUUAGUUCAAUUCAACUAACUGGAGCUGAUAAUUUUUCAGUAUGGAGUCGAGCUAUGAAAAUUGCAAUUAUAGGUCGCAAUAAACUUGGAUUCAUUGAUGGAUCAUGCAAAAAGGAGUUAUAUGGUCCUAACUUGACAAAUCUAUGGGAACGAUGCAAUGCCAUAGUGCUUUCGUGGAUUAUGAAUUGUGUUUCAAAGGAGUUACUUGGAGGCAUUGUUUAUUCUACCAAUGCAGCUGCUGUGUGGAAAGAUUUAUGUGAAAGAUAUGACAAGAUUGAUGGAUCACAUAUCUUUCAAUUACACAAAGAUAUUGCUACUAUCAGCCAAGGUACAAGUUUAAUCUCAAGCUAUUUUUCUAAGCUGCGUGAGUUGUGGGUAGAGUAUUAUAGUUUGGCACCUGUUCCUGGUUGUGAAUGUGUGAAUUCAAGAGAGUUUGUAGUGUUCAUGCACAAUCAGAAGUUACUGCAGUUUCUCAUGGGAUUAAAUGAUUCAUAUGAGCAAGCUAGAAGCCAAAUACUAAUGAUGGUACCUUUGCCUAUUAUAAAUAAAGCAUACUCACUACUUGUUGAAAGAGAAAGCCAACGUAUCAUGUCACAAACUUCUCACAGUUCAAGUUCAUCUGAUCUGAAUGCCUUGUUUACUGCUCAAUCAUCAGUUUCCAAACCAAGGUUUCAUACUAAUUCAAGCUAUGAUCCAAAUGCAUUUUGUGACUAUUGUAAAAGAACAGGACACAUGCAGGCUGUGUGUUAUAAACUUCAUGGAUAUCCACUUGGUUAUGAAAGGAAGAAAAGAGGUUCUACUGGUCCUACUUAG